AUGAAACGUACCCCACCGCCUUCCUUCUUCCCGGAGAGUUCUUUAUUCCUGUCUGCGCCACUACUGAGCACCCAGCUGGCUGCAUGGACAGGGACAGUGAUCUUUGCCCUGAACCAGACCCUUCUACAGCAGGAGAGUGUGAUCUUUGCCCUGAACCAGACCCUUCUACAGCAGGAGAGUGUGAGAGCGGGCAGUCUGCAGGUCCCUUACACCACUGAGGACCUCAUCAAGCACUACAACUGUGGAGACCUCAACUCCAUCAUCUUCAAUCACGACACCUCACAGGUCCCCAACUUCAACAACGUGACUCUGCGCCCCAGUGAACAGAUAACAGCCCAGGAGAUAGACAGCUACUUCAGACAGGAGCUCAUCUACAAGAGGAACGAGAGGAUGGGGAACAGGGUCAAGGCCCUGAUGGAGGAAAGCCCUGACAACAGCUUCUUCUUCGCCUUCGGAGCAGGUCACUUCCUGGGCAACAACACAGUGAUUGAUGUUCUGAGGAGUCAGGGCUAUGAAGUGGAGCACACUCCCGCGGGGCAGCCCAUUAACAGUCGAUCGAAAUCGGCCCCCGACCAGGCGGGUCAAUCUCUGGGUCAGGUCCUGGAUGAGUCCCCUUACCUGGAGCCUUUCCUCCACGAGCUCCAUGAUGAGGAGCAACAGCGCCCUCUGGAGGACAGCCCCCUGCCCCACAUGCUGCUGCCCCAUCACUCCCAAAGCCUGGAGCUGAUGGACAAGAUGGACCGCAAGCUGAAGAAGAAACGACGCAACAAGCAGAAGAAACACCAGAGAAACAGACAGUUCAAUGACCUCUGGGUCCGCAUCGAGGAGAGCACUACAGUCGAGUCCCCUCCUCCUCCGCUGGUCCGUAUUGUUAAUGGUUACAUCACCAUACGGCCUCACCACCACGACCACGAGAGAGGCCACGCCCACGGCAGAGCCAAUUACAACUGGUUGUUGUCAGACUCCUCCGCCUCUACGCCAUGGUCUUUCCUCUGGUUACUGUUUACAGUGUUGGGUCAUAUCUGGUUUCUCUACUAGCAGAUAUAAUGCAGGAGGUUACUGGUUCAAACCCCUCCUGCUAACAUCUGGACUCUCUAAUACCAGAUCUCUCUAGUACCAGAUAUGUACAGGAGGUUACUGGUUCAAACCCCUCCUGCUAACAUCUGGACUCUCUAAUACCAGAUCUCUCUAGUACCAGAUCUGUACAGGAGAUUACUGGUUCAAACCCCCUCCUGCUAACAUCUGGACUCUCUAAUACCAGAUCUCUCUAGUACCAGAUCUGUACAGGAGGUUGCUGGUUCAAAACCCUCCUGCAAACAUCUGGACUCUGUUGUAGCAGCUGUAGUCCUGUUAAGAGUGUUAGUUUAGAUCUGGACUUUGCAGCUCUAGUGCAGGAGGUUACUGGUUUAAAGCCCUCCUGCUAACAUCUGGACUCUAGUAGCAGGAGGUUACUGGUUUAAAGCCCUCCUGCUAACAUCUGGACUCUAGUAGCAGCUCUAGUCUAAAGCAGGAGGUUACUGGUUCAAAGCCCUCCUGCUCACAAGGAAUCAUCUAUUUCAACACUCAAUGGGGCGAAUCCAAACUUUCCCUUAUGUCAAAUUUUCACUUAAUCAUGCAUUGAUAUCAAGUGAAAAUUUGACUUAAAGGGAUACUUCAGGAUAUUGGCAAUGAAGCCCUUUAUGUACUUCCCCAGAGUCCGAUUAACUCCUGCAUACCAUUUUUUUAUGUCUCUGCAUCCAGUAUGAAGGAAGUUGGAGGUAGU